AUGGUCAAGACCUACUCUUCAAAGAAGUCUGCUAUCGUCACCGGCCGGCCGCGGCGUAAGCAGACCACUUCUGCUGCUGCUAAGGGGGCAAGGGCAGCCCAGCCCCAAUCGUCCAGCGAUUCUCCUCCGAGUCGCCUACCCAUAAGCCAGGAUCUUCUCAAUCUAACCGAGGAGGAAGGUCGCGAGAUCGCGAUGACUUUCGCCGAUGACUUGACAUCUGAGGGCGUACUCGCUGCUUUUAGCGACAAGUUGCGCUCCGAAAUUCUUCGGCGCUCGCCGCGGGAUGCAAAGGGCAAUAUCAUCAAGACCCGGGAGUGCGGACGCCCUGAGGACCUGAAGCACCUCACUUUCAACGAGAUACGACACCUGCCGCUGAAGAGGUGUCUCCUGUGCGGUUACAUCGGCUCUCGUGGAAAUACGACUGCUCGACACAGCGCGACCCAUGGCGACCACGACAACACGCUGAUCGACGUGCCGUGGCAAGUCUGUCUGGUCAAAGACGCCGUCCCCUCCGGGUCGAUGGAGGAGUUCCGCCGGCUAUUAUCGGAUCACUCCGGUCACACUCCAAUGCGUAGGUUCAAGCAGGCGGGCUCCCCUGCGGCGUCUUCCCCAUGUCCUGGGAGCGCUACCUGCCUCAUCUCUGCGACUGGCAAGUGCCCGAGCGUGCCUACCGGCCGGGCUACCCCGGCGGCCUCGGCGACUCCCUCCCUCGAGUCCUCGCCGGCGCCUGCUGUCUGGGCUCCUCCGCCUCUUGACUGGACCCCUGCACUACGAUCUCCUUCCCCGCUCUUCACUGCGAUACCGGAACUACAGAUACCCCUACCCACGUACCCGAACGACAUGGUGAUCGACCCUCUACUCCUCGGCCCCUUCGGUCACCCUGACUUCUCGCAGGCGACUUACUAUCCUGCAAUGAACGACUACUUCAUGAACGCCUCUCAGGAGAUCAACAUGGCGAUUAACCAGAACAUGCACUUCGCGGCAUUCGAGCCGUACGCGCUCGAUGACGACAACCAAGGCAUGCGCGAAAAGCGGGCUUGGGAUCACCUGCAGCAUGGCGGGGAGGUGGACUACACGCCUCUCAUCACGGUUUACUAG